CUCAAAAAUCAAAUACGGUGAAAUGGGAACUGCCCCAAUAACAGGUGGUGCCCAUUUAUCCACCUUUGUAUUGUAUUAAACUUUAAUUUGAUAAUUUUAUUAUACCUAAGCCCUUAAUACAAUAGAUAAUUUAAAAGUAAAAAAAUUAAAGGAUAGGUAACUCAAUUUACCCAGUAAUAGGAGGUAGGGGUGGCUUAAAACUAUCAAAAGACCGCCAUAUAAAGACGAAUGAAAAAUUAUUGUAUUUUUCUUCAUGAAUAUUUGUCCAAAAUGUCCAUAUAAGAGUAGGUACCUACGUAUCAUUCAGACUGGUGUAGAUCUAGAAAUCUAAAGUGGGGGGGAGGGGUACAUUUUUUCCAAAAAAAUAUAAUUAUAAUUUAUUUUAUUACAUAUUAGAUAAUGUAUAACAUAGAUUAGAUUUGAUAAAAAUAUCUAUUAACAAUUUAAUUUAUAUUUUUCAUUUAUUAAUUUUAUGAUUUAGCUAUAUUGUUCCACUUAUUUUUGUUCAUAUUUUUUAGAAAUAGAUUUUAAGCGCAGUAAGAAAAAUUGUUUGGUUGUUUAACCCGGUAAGAUGAAUUAAUUCAAUUGCCUACCAGCUAUCAGUAUUGUUUCCGAAUGUUAAAUAACUGGUUUGUCUGAUUUGAGAUUGAGAUUAAGAAUUUAAAAAAAUUUAACUUAAAUUUAUAAGAGCGCCACUGCAUGUAGGUAGGCAGGCACUAAUAUGUAUGUUUUGUGGAUAAUUUUUUAGAACGCUCGUAUGUUUGUAUCAACAGUCGAUUAUUAUAAAUUACAAAAUAUGAUAAUAUUGUUCAAUUUUUUAAUUUCAACAAAAGUAUUGUCGCAAUGAACAACAAAAAUAUUGAAUUAAUUAUUACAAUGGCAGUGAUUAUGUAUAUUUUCCAUGCAUAUACUUAUGUACACAACUGCGUUGUUAAAUUUAUAAAUCAAAUACCAAAUAGUUAACCUAUUUAUAUACCUAUUACUAAUAAUGGCGUAAAAAUUGAAUUCAUAACUUUAAUGUUUAAAUGGUAUUAAUUCACUACCUAUAAUAAAAUGAGUUGUUUAGUGGUUAAUAUAUUUAUUGUUCUAUUAUAUCUAAGCAUUUUGGUCAAUGCCACUACAGCGGCUGAAAUUGGUGCUUCAUCAUGUAGAUAUUUAGGUGACAUUGAUCCCCAAAAUUUUCGCUGUCAUAAAGAUGCAGUGAAGUUAAAAAAAAUACCAUUAGAGUGCACAGCUUUAGUUUUUGAUGGAGUAACAUGUAAUGACGAAUUUGUAAUUUAUCCUUCCUACGAUAAAACGGAUAUAGACCUCAUAAAACAACUUGUAGAAUUUAGCCCUAAUAUGUAUUUAUUUUAUGGUCAUGAUGGCUUACAAUCUUGGUUUGAGGCGGUUGAUCCUAGAAAAACUAAAGUUGAGGCUCAAAAAGUGAAAAUAUUUGUAGCCGAAUAUCCUGUUGCGGGAUUGAUUCUGAAAGGAAUAUAUUAUAAUUAUAAUAUUGUAAGUAUUAAAUUUAUUACAACGAAUAAUUGUAUUUACCAACUAAAUCCAUUAUUGUUAAAUCAGACACAGGGGUUCAUGAGGCUCGCAUGGUGUUUGCAACUAAUGACUGGGUUUGAUUUUACUGUAUUAAACGAUGUUAUGGAUUACUUUAUAAUUGGAUUUGAUAGAUUUAAUGAAUGCACUUUUUAUUUAUUAAAUGGUGGAGUUGUACCUUUGAAUUCAACAGAUCCAAGUAUUAACACCUUAACUAAAUUUAAAGCUGCUUUUGAUGGAUCAAGCAUUGCAAAGGAUAAAGUUUAUUUCGAAUUUUCAAUAAAUCCUUCAGUAACAAAAAAAUUUGAAAAAUAUUUUAUACCAUGUGAAGUAUCAUAUAAUGAGUAUUGUGAAAAUCAAGGUGAAUAUAAAGACUGCAUGUGUGUCGAUAAUCAGGAUACAUUCUUCGAAAAAGGUAAAUUUACUAAAGAAAAUUCAAAGGGAUUCAUAGCAAAGUUUAUAGAUUUAGUUGAUCGCGAUCUAAAAUGUGAAUGUAAUGAUGAUAAGUAUAUAACGUUUACUAUGAUGUUAAAUGGUUAUAAUGAUCAGGAAAAGGUAACCUGUGCUAAAUUAAGUGGCAGCUGAGUGGUAGCUGAGUAAUUAAAUUAUUUAUUAUUGUCUAAUACUACAAUAGCUGAUAUAUUAAUUUUUAAUAAAUUAUUUAUAUGAAUUAAUACCUAA